AUGUCUGUAGCUAAAACUAGUGUUCAAGUUGCAGUUUCUGAAGAUGUUACUGAAGAAUUAACUGGAGUAUUAGUACAAUUCAUUAUGAAAUAUUAUCAUAAUACUAGGCUAGACAUAAAAGAAAUAUUCUUACCUUCAAGUAUGUUUUUCACUAAAGUUGUAGAACAAGAAACAUCACCUCUAAAUAUGACUUCUGAAGUU